AUGUCUCAGACAACCACCACAAGGCCCAAUUUCCUCAUCAUUGUCGCCGAUGAUCUCGGAUACAGCGACAUUGGGCCCUUUGGCUCGGAAAUAGAGACUCCAGUCCUCGACAAACUUGCGAGCUCUGGUGUCAAGCUAACCAACUUCCACACUGCAUCAGCGUGCUCGCCGACCAGGUCUAUGCUCUUCUCUGGUACCGAUAAUCACAUAGCAGGUCUUGGCCAGAUGGCAGAGUUCAUGAAAGAUGACCGUUAUGAUGGUAAGCCGGGGUACGAGGGAUAUCUCAACUUCCGGGUGGCCGCCCUGUCGGAGGUGCUGCAGGACGCCGGAUACAGCACAUUCAUGUCCGGCAAGUGGCACCUGGGUUUAACGAAAGAGACCGCACCCUGCUCCCGAGGCUUCGACGAAGCGUAUACGUUCCUUUAUGGCUGCGGUAACCAUUUCAAUCACGAGCCUCAGCUGGAUGACCCUUCCGCGGACCAAUUCGGACCAAUGUCCAGUGGCAAUUUCUGGAUGGAGCACGGCCAGUUUCUCGACCGUCGACGUGAUAUUCCAAAGGAUUUUUACUCUAGUACGUCCUUUGCGGACAAGCUAGUCGAUUAUCUAGACAACCGAACGGACAAGGCGAAACCUUUCUUUGCAUAUCUGCCCUUUACCGCGCCGCAUUGGCCCCUUCAAGCGCCCAGACAAGUCAUGGAGAAGUACAAGGGGUUCUACGAUGAAGGACCCCACGUGCUAAGGGAGAAGCGCUUGAAACGCCUCGUAGAGCUGGGCAUCAUCCCAGGCAAUGUUGAGCCUGCAGACAUGACCGUCGGUGCAAAGCAUGAGUGGGAGCAAAUGAAUGCUGAAGCGCGCGCCACGUCGGCCAGGAAGAUGGAGGUGUACGCUGCCAUGGUUGAUGUCAUUGAUCAGAGUAUUGGACGGGUUGUAGAUCAUCUUGAACAGACUGGUGAGAUCGGCAACACCUUCAUCUUGUUCAUGUCGGACAACGGGGCUGAGGGAUCGAAACUAGAAGCCGUCCCUCUCAUGGGUGGGGAGACGACAAUGGGCAAAGUCAUCGACAAAUACUACGAUAACAGCUUUGACAAUAUUGGAAUGCGGGAUUCUUAUGUGUGGUAUGGCCCUGCCUGGGCUUGCGCCUCGAUGGCACCCUCGCGUGGCUUCAAGAGCUGGAUCACCGAGGGAGGUAUCCGAUGCCCUUGCGUCGUGCGCUUUCCCCCAGCCGUCGCCCCGUCCCUCUUACAAACGGACUCAUUCUGUACCGUCAUGGAUAUUAUGCCUACGAUAUUAGAUCUUGCUGGCAUCCCUUCACCUAGCAGUCCGUUUCGUGGUCGUGAGAUCGUCCCCAUGCGCGGCUCGUCCUGGGUUCCCCAUGUCAGCGGACGAUCUGCUUCGUUCCACGAUGAGGAAAAGGAAAUCACAGGCUGGGAGCUAUUUGGACUCCGUGCGAUUCGUGAGGGGCCGUGGAAGGCGAUUUACAUGACCGCCCCCCGAGGCAGUGAUCAGUGGGAGCUGUACAAUGUGGCUCGAGACCCUGGUGAAGUCCAUGACGUCUCCUUGGUAGAACCAGAGAUUUUGAAGAGACUGAUAGAGCUCUGGGAGAUAUACUAUGCAGAAACGGGCAUGUUUGACCCAGGGCAGGAUUUCAGAAUGGUAAAACAUAUAUAA